UAGCUGACUCCUAGAAUGGGGCGGGUCUUCCUGGAAGUUUAACUGUAGCUGCCUUCACUUUCUUUUACAGCUGCUAUAAGCAGAGGGGACAUGAGGAAGUAGAUGAAAACUCUGCUCUCUGGGGAGAAUCCUAGCUGCUGCAUCUAAAGGGAGAGCCUUGUCCUGUUGGCUUCCUCUCUCAGCCUCCUGCAGUGGCCACAGCCAGCCUGCAAUCUCUGCUGCCAGAUACACUCCAUCCUUUAGCUGAGUUGUUCCUGGGUUCAGGGUCAUCUUUUGGAUAUAUACCAAUGGGCAAUAUACCAGGGACCAAGUCCUGAAGAAAAAUGACUCUCCCACACUAAGUAGCUAUGAACUGCAAAACUCUUCAGAAACGUGCAGUCACCAUGGAACAUUGCUGUGGUCUAAUCACUGGUGACAAGGUGCCAGUGCCACUGAAGAACAUAUCAGUAGCCUUGUCCAUUGAGGAAUUUGUGGCUGAUGUGUCUGUGGCCUUAAAUUAUGAGAAUGAGGAAGAAGUCCCAGUAGAGGCAAGCUUUGUGUUCCCCAUGGAUGAAGACUCUGCUGUCUACAGCUUUGAAGCCUUGGUGGAUGACAAGAAAAUUGUGGCAGAAUUGCAAGAGAAGACACAGGCCCAUAGCAGCUAUAAGAAUGCCAUCUCCCAGGGCCACCAAGCUUACUUAUUGGAAGAGGAUGACUACUCCAGGGAUGUGUUUUCUUGCAAUAUUGGGAACCUCCUGCCUGGGGCUAAGGUGGGAGUUACGCUGAGGUAUGUACAGGAACUGCCUCUGGAAACAGAUGGUGCUCUGCGCUAUGUACUCCCAGCAAUCUUGAAUCCAAGAUACCAACUCUCUGAACAGUCAGAAAACAGUUGUUUGAACAUACAGACUCCCAUGGUACCUUCCGGGGACCUACCCUACACACUCAGCAUGGUUGCCACCAUCACUUCCCAGCAUGGCAUUGAGAGGGUCCAAUCCAACUGCUCCUUGAGUCCUAUUCAGUACCUUGCUGAUGACAAGACUUCUGCUCAGAUUUCCUUGGCUGAAGGACACAAGUUUGAUCGGGAUCUGGAACUCCUGAUUUACUACAGUGAAGUGCACAGCCCCAGUGUAGCUGUGGAGAUGGGGAUGCAGGGCAUGAAGCCAGAUAGUUUGAUGGGAGCUCCUUCUGCAAUGGUGAGCUUCUAUCCAGAUAUCCCAGAAGUGAAGUCCUCAAAGGCUUGUGGAGAAUUUGUGUUCCUCAUGGAUCGCUCUGGAAGUAUGGAAUCCCCCAUGAAUAACCAGAAGAAUUCUCAGCUACGUAUAGAGGCUGCCAAGGAAACUCUGUUGCUGUUGCUGAAGAGUUUGCCAAUGGGUUGUUACUUCAACAUCUAUGGAUUUGGAUCUACCUAUGAAAAAUUCUUUCCGGAGAGUGUGAAGUACACUCAGGAAACAAUGGACGAGGCAGUGGGAAGAGUGAAAGAUCUGGAAGCAGACCUAGGGGGUACUGAAAUCUUGAAACCACUCCGGAAGAUUUACAAGGCACACUCCAUUCCUGGCCAUCCUUUGCAACUCUUUGUUUUCACAGAUGGAGAAGUUAGUGACACAUUUACAGUCAUUAAUGAAGUUCAGUUAAACAGCAAGAAACACAGAUGUUUCUCAUUUGGUAUUGGAGAAGGAGCCUCCACCAGUUUAAUCAAAGGCAUUGCUCGGGUAUCUGGGGGCACUGCAGAGUUUAUCACAGGCAAGGACAGGAUCCAGACCAAGGCUCUUGGGUCUCUGAAGUUUGCUCUAAACUGUUCAAUGGAUGACUUCUCUCUGAGCUGGGAUUUGCCUCCUGGUCUGUUGGUUACCAUGCUUUCUCCAGAGCAGACUGUCAUCUUUAGGGGUCAGAGAUUAAUCAUGUAUGCCCAACUCACUGGGACUAUGCCUGAAGUGGAGUGCUCAGGAGAAGUGUGCCUCAAGUAUACCCUCCAAGGCAGGAGUCUGGAAAACAGGGUGGCAUUUCCCCUACAACCCAAGACAAAUGCCAGCUUUGCCAUUCAUCGGUUGGCUGCAAAAUCGUUGAUUCAGACCAAGGACUUGGGUUCCCAUGAGACUUCAAAAAGUGCAAAAGAGGAUAUAUUGAACAUCAGCAUUCAAUCUGGAGUCCUCAGCUCCUUCACAGCUUUCAUUGCCAUAAACAAGGAGCUCAACCAGCCAGUGCAAGGGCCAUUGACUCAUAGGGAUAUUCCAAGGCCAGUUACUUAUACAUCACCUUGUGCAUAUAAAGUUAAAACUCGUCACAAGCCACCCGUAUGCGCAAAAGUUGAUGUUAUACCUUUUGGAUUCAUAUGUUCAAGUCCUAGUAGGAGAAAUGUAGAAUCCUUAAGAGAGAUGAAAAAGUCACCUUCUUCCACCAAGAAACCCAACCUGAAAAAUGACCACAAAGGUUUUGGAGAGAAUGUUUUUGUGCAGCUGGUUUCCCUCCAAAAGGCAAAUGGCUCCUGGGAGCUGCAUGAGGAUUUUGCCAAGAUCCUGGGCACUAAUUUGGAAGACAUCAUGGCUGCAAACCCUGCCAAG